AUGCUCAUCUGCCACACUCUUUUUAUUGAUCCUUUAUCUGAGCAAUAUACUCUUUAUUUUUGCAGUGAUAGUGAUGAGGAAAAGAGGUCCAGAAGAGGUAAAUCCCCAAAAGGUGAAUUUAAAGAUGAAGAGGAGACAGUGACAACAAAACAUAUUCAUAUUACGCAAGCUACAGAGACCACCACCACAAGACACAAACGCACAGCAAAUCCUUCCAAAACCAUUGAUCUAGGAGCAGCUGCACAUUACACAGGGGACAAAGCAAGUCCAGACCAAAAUUCUGCAACUCACACACCACAGUCAACAGCAAAGGUUCCUGGCAGCAAAUCAUCCAGUGACCUGGUGGAUAUUUUGUUUGAUGGUGCUGAUCAGUCAGUCUCAACAGGUGGAUCCACUGACCCCUUUGGAGGGUUUGCUGACUUCAGCUCUGGGAGUUGUCCCCCCUCACAAGCUGCAAGUGGGAAUGGAGAGUUUGGUGACUGGAGUGCCUUCAACCAAGCCCCUUCCACUGGAGAGAUCUUCAGUGGCCCUGCUCAACCAGCUGUUGAGCUCUUUGGUAGCCCUGCUCAGCCAAGUCUUGGCCAGCCUCCAACAGCUUCAAAUUCUGCUGACCUCUUUGAUUUGAUGGGUUCCUCCCAAGCCACCAUGACCUCCUCCCAAAGCAUGAAUUUCUCUAUGACAGGUUCUAAUACUGUCAGCCUGAAUCUACCCAUGUCAAGAUCACAGCCCUUGCAAAAUGUUAACCCGAUGAUACAGAAGCCUAACCCACUUUAUAAUCUGGGCACUGAGAUGGUUCAAAAGAAUGCAAGCAAAACUCUUCCAUCGACCUGGUCAGACCCUAGUGUAAAUAUCAGUUUGGACAAUUUAGUUCCUGGUAUGCAGCCUUCUAAGCCUCAGCAACCCUCACUGAAUACAAUGAUUCAGCAACAAAGUAUGCAACAACCCAUGAAUGUGAUGAGUCAAAGUUUUGCAGCCUUGAGUCUCAACUCACCACCCAGCAUGAUGCCUGUUCGACCUCCAGCAAACCCAUUGAUGGGAGGGCCUGUUCCCAUGGGAAUGGGAGUGCCCACUGCGAUGACUGGCACAAUGGGCAUGGCUUCAAUGGGAGGCACAUCAAUGAUGAACCAGGGAAUGAUGGGAAUGAAUGUGAACAUGACCAUGCCUUCUUCUGGAAUGGGUUUGCCAGGCACAAUGGGCGGGGUUCCUAACAUAACUAUGGCCUCUGCCCUGUCUCCUGGAACUGUGCAACCUAAGCAAGAUGCCUUUGCAAAUUUUGCCAAUUUUAGCAAAUAGAUUGUAAAAUCAGUCAGAGUGAAUGAAGGAUUUUAGCUGCACAAAUAAAGCUGGGGUAAGGGUUGAAAAUGCUGAUCAUUUUUUUCCUUUUGCUUUUAUCACUUGCUUUCAAGAAGCCCACAUAAAGAACCCAAAGGUUAUUUUGUAAACUCUGAAACUACUAUUAUUCAAGUUUUAGUGAGCUUCAAGGUUCUUCCAGUGAAAUGAAUCAAAUAGCUGAAAUAGCUGAUAUUGUUCUGACAAGACUAUUAAAAUCCUUUCUCGAAGGCAGAACCAGUUUUAAUUUUGAAACUUGUGGAAAGUCUGGGAUUUGAGGAAGGGGCUGGGUGAAUAUGUGUGAAUCUAAUUUUAUACUUGAUUUCUUUUUUCUCUCUUGGAAUCUGUUUAUCACAAUUGGAUCCGUUCCUUUUUCUGCCACUGAGUCAAAUUUGAAGUCAAAGUAUGCAGAUCAGUUUUUUAUAAGAAUAUAUAUUUUUGUCCAAAAAAUGGCUUACAUAUGUGGUUGUGGCUAAUUCAAAGAGACCUGGAAUGUAUAUAUACUUUUGCUACUCUUCCAGCAACACUCCUAUACUAUCCAAAUUUUUAUUAUAGACUUCUUUAAGCAAUUUGCUGAUGGGUAAGUUUUGUGCAGUUUCCUUCUUCUUUCUCCUGUCAUAUCCAAUGCAGAACUGGUACAAGCUUCAUUCGGAGCUGCUAUGUGGUUUCUGUUCAGAGAACUUAAGAGAAAACUUAUGUAUAUAUAUAUAUAUAUAUGUAUACAUACAUACAUAUAUAUAUGUAUAUAACUAUAUGGUUGGGAUUUCUUUGCAAUGUUACUUUUCUACAGUCCUACUUCACUGAUGAUUGGCAUAUUUCAAAUUACGGUUUACACGGUUACACGAUCACGGUUACACCUCUGUCAGUCAAAAGGCAAACUCUUUUAUUUGGGGGAGGGGGGGCUUUCCAAAAGAAGAAGUAACUGCACCUUUUAAGUUAACUGUAAACACCUCAAAACCACUUGUUGAUACAACAACAUUGGAUUUUAGAUUUAUAUACUUGGAGACUUCAUUUCUCUUAUGUAAAUAUGGCCUUAGCAAUUGCGGAAUCCAAUAGAGAGAAAUUAAAUACAUAUAUAUAUAUAUAUAUAUAUAAAUAUAUAUAUAAUUAAAGGAAACCUGUACCAGGCAGAUUUUAUGGAUUAAUGAAAACAAAGGAAAUGAACGACUGAAUAAAAGCUUUUUUUCCUUUUUCUACUGUAAUUCUGCAUCUAGGUUCACACACAAAUCAUGAUUUUAGUCUGGGAUGCAGAGUUUCAGUUUCUGUUCACAAGCCGGAGCUGCUAUUGAGAAUAAGUACUAUACUCUAGGUAUGAAAUUGUAUUGCCUCCCCUUUCUUACUUGGAUUUUUUAUUAUUAUUAAAUUGAUACAACUUUAUUUCCAUUGUAUUCAUAAUGUUCUGUUAUACAUAACAUUAAAGUGUUCAUUAAAAACUA